GGUAGUGCACCUCACGUUUCUCGUAGACCUCCAUAAAACCACAAAUAAAAGAAGAACCUGUUAGUUUUUGUAAUACUGAGAAAACAAAACAGCGGAAAAUGCAAAUAUGUCCUUGCAGUCUAAAAUGUAUUUAGUCGCAGAAAAGCUACGUGGCUAACAGCUGACGGAAUGAGCGAUGGAAACGCUGUUAGCUUCUAGUGUUCUGCAGAGCUUCUUCUGAAAGCUGCACCAUGAUUCCCGUAUCGCUGCUGGUGUGUGUGAUGGGAGGCUGGUGUGCCAUUUAUCUAGCUGACACACUGUUCCGGUCCUCCAUCACGCACCGGGUCAGCUAUGAAUCCUGGCUCGCCAGUCGAGGUCUGAUGGUGUCUCCUUUCCAUGUGAGAUGGCAGACCACCAUGUUCAAUCGGCUGUUUGCCUACUGUGCCCGAAUCAACCCCCGCGCCCUUUAUCUGUGGUUCAACAGUGGUCUUGUGUUUGGUGUCGCAGCCAUGGUGGGCUCGGUGGUUCUGUUGAUAAAAACGCUGCAGCAAACAUACGCGCAGAUGACCACCAGCAACCCUCGGAUAGGAGGCCAGCAGGUGCUGCAGGUGGUGGUCCCAGGUGUCAAUCUGCCCACCAGUCAGCUGGCCUACUUCUUCAUCGCACUGCUUCUCAGUGGAGUGAUACACGAACUGGGCCACGCUGUGGCAGCACUGAGGGAACAAGUGAGAGUGAACGGUUUCGGGAUGUUCGUGUUUGUGUUGUACCCUGGAGCAUUCGUGGACCUCUUCACCACCCAUCUGAACCUCGUGUCGCCCACUCAGCAGCUCCGCAUCUUCUGUGCAGGUGUGUGGCACAAUUUAGUUCUGUGCGUGGCAGCGCUGGCCUUCCUCUUCCUGUUACCUGUCUUGCUGUUUCCCGCGUACACCACUGGAGCUGGAGCACUGGUCACCGAGGUUGUCCAGGGUUCUGCAGCUGACGGACCCAGGGGUCUGUCAGUCGGGGACAUCGUGACAGGGCUGGAGAGCUGUCCCGUCAGGGGAGUAGAGGACUGGUCCAACUGCCUGUCUCACCUCUCCCAUGUGCAGCAGACAGGAUACUGUGUUCCGCUCUCCAGCCUGCAGCCCAGCUGGGCUCAUGGACGACCCUACAAACGCCUGGAUGGAACCACGGACUGCUGCAGCAACAACAGCCUGACGGACCUCUGCUUCUCCUACGUCAAACUUCAGAGCAGGAACAGCAGGGAGAGAGAGUUCGCCUGCAUGCCGGUGCGCAAGAUGGUGGCGGGCACCCGAGUGUGUCGCACGGACAACGACUGCGCCACGCACUCCACCGCCGCCAGCGUUUGUGUCACGCCCUCCCUGGAGAACCAGACCCGCUUCAUUCGCGUCACACAUCCUCCCAACACACACAUGCUGUUCGUCGGGUAUCCGCCGCACCUGCAGCACGCCGUGAGUCUGACCAACUUCGUACCUCGGUUUGGUUUUCUCCACCUGGACCUGCCCAUCUUCCUGGAGACUUUCCUCAAAUACGUGGUGUCUCUCUCAGGCGCGUUGGCGGUAGUCAACUCCGUGCCCUGCUUCGCUCUGGACGGCCAGUGGAUGUUGAGCGCCCUGCUGGAGGCCACGCUGGUUUCCGUGGUUACGGACCGUCAAAAGCGUGAGCUAAUAGGUUUCUUCCUGUUGCUGUCAGGCAGCGCCCUGCUGGCUGCCAACGUGGCGCUGGGCCUGUGGAUGGUUACGGCCCGGUAGCAGCAGCAGUGGAGGUUAGCUCACUCACCACGACAGGAGCAAAUGAGAACUCGGCUGAGGGUGAGUUUGACACGUGUGGACCACUAAACUGUGAACAUGCAGGGAAGAGGAGCUGCUUUUUUCUGCAGACUGUUGAAUAGAAACUUGUUCUGCCUUUAAACCGGACUGCCACUGAACAUUCUUCCUCCACCUCGUUGCCGCCAUAAAACCAGAAGCACAGCGGAGAAUAACGCACUUGCUGUAAAGAACUCACCUCAUGGAUGUUUAUAAAUCCGACUAAAACUUGUGAAGUGUUGAAGGUGAAGAAAUUCCUCGUUUCUGCCCAAAAAGCUGCAGAAGUUUACGAUGAAGUCAUUUUAACUGAAUGCAUGAUGGUAUCUUCUUUCUUUAAUGUCCAGUGUUUCCCCCAGGAAUUUUUCCAGCUGUGGCGGGGGUGGGGGGGUGGGGAGAAAUUAUGACGCGUCUCUAAAUAAAGUAAAAUUUUCUAGUGCAGAGAGGAGACAACCCAUAGAAGCACUGAUCUGAUCUCAUUUCAGAGAAAAAUAGAACAGGUUAGAUGCACCUAAUAAAUAAAAUUACUAACAAACUCAGGAAUCUGUUUCUUUGCUUCACUGUUCUGGUGCUGAAAAUAUCACUAAUAUGGAUCAAAGGAGAUACACAGAUGAAUGCAUCUCUUAUUUAUUAUUUGGAGACUACAUUUACUGCAGCUGGCAGAAGCAGGGAUUUUUUCUAUUGAUACAUGAAAUUUACAGAAUCAUUUCAAAUUGUAAUAGGGGAAGACUGCAGGAGGGAGAGGUAAAAUACAGGGGGUCCCCAGCAAAAACAAGAAACUUUACGAGUCUGAUGAAACCCGCUGGUUUUCCAUCAGGCAGUCACGGGGCAGCUCCAACGACCCAGUGCCUGUGCUGGGUCAAUGUUAUCGAGCUCAGUCCGGCUCGGCCGUGAACGAGCCGAGGCGACGUCGUGCUCUGCUUAAGAAGAGGUGUUAUUUUCCCGCUUCAGAAGAAGCGUCCAACGUGUUUUUACGCUUUCUCCGAGACAUGUCACAUCGCUAAGUUGUUAGCGCCGCGCGCUAACACGUCAAUAGUGCAGCGUAGCCUGCUGGAGGUUUUAAGGGUUCAGAUGAAAACACCCGACCUCUCACGCUGCUCACACAUCGAUCUUAAGUUGUCGCUGUUGCGCUCACGCCGUAAUACAGUAUUAGAUGCGGUUAAAGUCAGACAUGAAAAAAUAAAUACAUUUUACAUGAAUAAGUGACGAUUAGCCUGGUGGGGGGAGGAGAACCUGGCCUAAUAAGCACUGGAGGAAACCCUGUCAAGAUCGUCAACACUCGUUUAUCUUAAUGCUGUUGAAACAUGUAAACCACAAAGCAUUAUAUCCACUGCUACCUUUCUAAUUUUAAACUCAGUAACUUAUGCUGUAACUUCACCCUGCCCUGCCUGCUCCUCCUUGCUGCCCGCCGGCUGUGAUCACAAGCAACAACAUAGUAGUUCCCGCUGCUUCUUCGGGAAACAGCACAAAAAAAUAAAAUGAAAAAUAAAACUUGGGAUCUUGUAGGCAUGGCGGCCCACCACGGCUACGCCUAUGUAAGGGAAACUCUGAUGUCACAUCACUGUUGGGAGAAAUUGCACUAUCCAUUAUUCAUCUUUAACCAAACACGUGACUUACCUGAUAGGCUGAAGGUACCGAGUCCAUCUCAGCUUGUUAAUAGGUAGGUGUUGUUGGGCUAAACCAAAGGUCUGUCUCCUCCAGGCAUCACUGCAGGAAAAUAACCUUCUGUGCUCACUUUCUUCUGGAAGUUCUUCCUUCUUCACCUGACCUCCCGCUGUCUGCAGUCUGCUUGUAAAAGUUGUCAAAAUUGUGGAAUAAAUUUUUUUUAAAUUAAG